GAUUUUCAAAAGUGAUGAAGAAUUUAUUUACAUGUUUAAGUGCAGUUAUAAAUAACUUAUAUAAACAGCAUCACAGCGAAAGAUAGCCCCUAUCGUGUUUAAUUGGAGAAUUGAACUAAAUGUCAAUGAUCCACCUAAUCGCUUUUUACUUAGAAAAUAAGGAAAUGACUAUAAAAUGAGUCAACAUAAGUUUUGGAAAGGAAUAACACCACUAAAAAUCCAAUCAAAUCAGUUGGUACCCGAAAAGAUAGUUAAGAUUUGUUCUUUGGACAAAGAUUUCAUUGUUCUAGGUAAUGACCAUGGUCUAUAUUACUGUGAAAUAAUUGAAGAAGAAUUGACGUUUAAAAAAAUUAGCGGAAUAUCUGCUAUCGAUAUAUCUUUUCACAACGAUAUUCUUUAUAUAAUAGAUGUUCAUGGCAGAUUAUACAAAACAAAUUCGACAUUUAAAAAUAAGGAAGAAUUAGUUGUUAAAGAGGAUUCCAAAUGUUGUCCACAUGGUUUCAAAAGUUCUAGUUAUAAGGUCAAAUUUAGAAAUGUAGUGACUAGCGACUUUGGGCAACUCUUCAUAAGCAGCGAUGGCCAUCUUUGGGGUUCCGGUACAAUGCCCCAAAUAGGCUUAGAGUCUGUUAGCAUUAAGAAAGUGCCAUUUUUCGAGGGAAGAACAGUGUACAGUGCAUCCGUUGGCCAAAAUUUUGCUGCUGUGAUAGCGAGGAAAAAUGUUAAGCAAUCAAAUUGUGAUACCGACAGUGACAAUGACGAUGAGGAGGUGUUCGCUUCUAAUUGUUCCCAAUGUCAAACUAUCAUAGGCUUAGCCUCCCCGGCAUCGGUACCGUCCCUGUCCGAGACUUGCCCACUUGGAGUGCACAUCAGCAAGUCCAGUGAAGAGUCCAGUAGUACAACAGCUCCCCAGACAGACCUCCAUGUAGAUGCUCAUAGCUUAAGUGAGGAUUCCAGUCCCUCAUCUGAGGAAUCCAAGGUUGCAAUGUGUGAUGUUGUUAAAAAUAAUGAUGGAGCUGAUCAUGAUAAAGUAAAUGAUGAAGCAAAUAGCCAAGAUGGUAAUCAAGAAAAUGAUGAAAAUGUAAGUGAUUCAGAAAAAGUUAACAAUAUAUUUAUUAAUACAGAUGCAGCAAGACAGUUUUUGAGUAGACAACUAUCAUGGGUAUCAGCAGGAGAGGAUUAUAUAGUUGAAUACACAGAAAAACCAACGAGGAUCAUCAAGGAGAAUGUUUCUAAUCUAACAAAUUUUGUUUAUGAAGGUGUAAAGACCGUAGGAGAUAAGGUGGCUACACUCUCUAGACAUGUCAGUGGAAGUAGUGACAACAAUGAGACAGUGGAGCUGCAAAAUUGUAAUAUUAAUGAUGAAACAACACCACUUUUAUACAGCCUCAAUUCUAAUAAAGUUGAUGAUCUCCAAUUUUCAACCAGUACGAUAAGCAGUGAGAAAGAAUUUGAGACAGCUAGGAAGAAUGAUAAUCUCAAAAAAAUGUCAAAACUCGGUAAGAAUAUUCUGGGUACUGAGUUAUGGACAUGGGGAGACAUUUACUAUGGGCAAUUAGGUAUUGGAGACACGGUCAAAAGGGUCAAACCCAUGGUUGUUAUGAGCCUCUCUGGAUUUGGACUACAAAAAGUUUCUUGUGGAAAAUGGCACUGUGGUGCUCUCACACUAGACGGAAGAUUGUUUCUGUGGGGCUACAAUCAUUUUCAUCAAGUGAGUUUCGAUUCCAGAGAUGACAAAAGUGGCCCCAGACAAUUCACUGGGAAUUCAGACAGUGAUCGCAUCAGAGACAUGAUAGCCAUAGAUAAUCAUACAAUUACUUACACACACAAUGAAAAUAUUUACUACAUGGGAAAACAUACUGAUGGUUUUACAGAGUCCAUUGUGAAUCUUAAUAAUAAUAAUAAUAAAGGUACUGAAACUAGCAAUAACUGUAGAGAUGUAGAAAAUGAGCUACCAAAUUCUACAAAAUUGCAGAAUAAAUGUUAUCAUUGGAGGGUAUUGUCUUCUGGGAACUUAAGCUACUGUGCCAUAGAGGAGAGUACUACAUCACAUCUAUUCCAGAAUUUAUCAGUUGCUCAAAGAUAUUUAGAGGAGAUGUUAUUGAUAUAUCAUUAUUUAGUUAAGCCUUUCUUAAAAAAGAGCAAAGCAAUAGCUUGUCACUCCAAUGUUUAUGAGACUGUGUGUGAUCUGUUUGGAGAUAUACUAAAUAUUACUGCCCUGAAUGUCCUGUCGACGUGGCAGUAUGCGGAGAAGCAUAUACAUGAAUGUGAUAUUACUUUAAUACAAAAUUUAGAAGAGAUUAUUUAUUUAUAUAGAAAGUAUUAUUUAGCAGUAAGUAAUUUAAUUGUUAUUGGUGGAUUCUCACAAAUAAAUAAUGUUAUUGAUGUUCACUCUCGUAUUUAUAAUCUGUUUAGUGAUCAACUGCCCUCAAACAAACAGAAAAAUAAUAAGAAAACUUCGGAGGCAGUCAUUGCAUUAGCUUUUAUUCAACCUCUAACGAGACUGAGCUCCUACAAAUGUAUUGCUCAGUCAUUGUUAAGGUGCAAGAGUAAACCAAAGAAGGAUGGUAAAAAUAUAGAGGAAAGAAUAAAUAAUGUUGUGGCAGCUUUAGAAACUCUUAUAGAGGAGCAGGAGAAAAACAGGAAAGAGGCAGAUGGAACAAAACUGUUCUGGGAAACUGUUGGUAAAGGGUUAGAUCAACACAGAACACCAGAAAGAAGACUAAUAAGAGAAUCAAAAUCAAAACCUUUAAGUUUAGUCAAUCCUGGUAGAUUUAGUAGCCACUGGUUUAUAUUAUUCAAUGAUUUAUUUAUACAUGUGACUGGAAGUACAACUAAUGUACAUCCUUUGAGAACAUUAUGGGUAGAAGGUGUUCCUAAUACCGAUUCUGUACAAAAUGUUUUACAACUGACAACCCCUGAGGAGGUGUUAUGUUUAUCAACAAAUUCUGAGUCUGAAAAAACUGAUUGGAUCCAUUGCUUGAAUACAUCGAUCAGAAUGGUUUUGAAUAAAGAAUCGGCCUUUAAACCGCCUGCAGUUAGGACUGCGAGCUACACAUUUUCCAGUAAAAACUCAUUUUAUAAAGAUGCCAAAUUUAAUGGUAGAUGGUUAGAUGGUAAAAUUCAUGGUAAUGGUAAGGUAGAAUGGCCAGACGGUAAAUUUUAUGUAGGGCAAUUUCAACUUAAUUCACUUUGUGGGCACGGAAAAAUGGAAAUUCCGAAUGUUGGGACAUACGAAGGGCAAUGGAAGGACAACCUUCAGAACGGGUAUGGGGUCAUGAAAUACAGUAAUGGGGAUAUUUACGAGGGGUACUUCAAGGAUGGCCUACCACACGGUCAUGGCGUCAAAAGGCAGGGGGACUUUACUUCAUCCACGGCCACAAUCUACACCGGAGAAUGGAUGGGUGGGGUAAAACACGGGUAUGGGGUUAUUGACGAUAUUGGUAAGGGCGAGAAAUAUUUGGGCAAUUGGACUGACAACAAGAAGAAUGGCUGUGGUCUGAUAGUGACGCUUGACGGGAUUUACUAUGAAGGAGUCUUUACACAGGACGUAUUGACGGGUCAUGGUGUGAUGAUUUUCGAAGACGGUACGAAUUAUGAAGGAGAAUUCAGGUCCGCAGGCGUAUUUUGUGGCAAGGGUGUCCUUACGUUUUCCAGUGGCGACAAAAUUGAGGGUAGUUUGAGCGGGCCUUGGACUGAGGGAGUGAAAAUAUCCAAUGGAGUCAUGCAUCUCAAAUUUUCGAAUACAUCACUACAGACUAAUAAUUCUAAACCAAACUCCUUUGGGAAACUAAGUGUAGCACCAAAUCAGAAAUGGAACGCCCUAUUCCGCCAAUGUCUGCACAGUAUGGGCGUGUCAGAAACCGUCUUAACCCCCACCGCUAGUCAUUUUACAAACGGGCCAAAUGCGACUAUAGACAAUGUUAAAAUUUGGCAGAAUGUUGCAGUAGCUAUAUCUUGCUCUUACAAGGAUAAGCAAACUAAGAGCUUUAAGAACAAUGGAUCUGAUUUGGAAAAGUCCGUCGAUUGCUUAGAAGUUAUACCCAAGUUUGGGCAGAAAUCUCUGACUUUGGCUGACUUUAUGGAGGUAAAGCAGUAUUUGCAUAAUGCAUGUGAGUCCACUCACCAUCCGUUAGGUCAGCUAAUACUGGGUUUAACUAACGCCUUUAACACCACGUACGGUGGGGUAAGGGUACAUCCACUUCUCCUGAACCAUGCUGUGGCCGAACUGAAGAGUAUCACGACCAGAGUGUACCAAGUGUUCAGACUGCUGUUUCCUGCGCUGCCACCAGAGGGCGAAGACCUCGUGCUACCGUAUAAGACCAAAGACGAAAGUAAUCAGGAGGAGAAUCCUAUAGAGGGGGAGGGCGUGUCAGCGGGCGCGGUGGCGGGCGCGGCGCUGCUGGCGCGCGUGCAGGCGGCACUGUUCGUGCUGUACGCACUGCACAACAAGCGCGAGGACGAUCACUACUGGCGGCGGCUGCUCAAGUGGAACAAGCAGCCUGAUGCUACCCUCAUGCCGAUGUUAGGGAUUGACCAAAAGUUCUGGACGACGGACUGCGUGCAAUCCCCAUCCCGGUCACCUCACAAGGAGCGACUGUUCCAGGAGUCGGUGGAGACGCUGCAGCAGCUCAAGACCACCUUCUCCCCCAUAGAAAAGCUGCUCGUCAUCCGGAACACCUUCCAGAAGAUGACGGUGGCUGUUCAGCAGGAACUCGGUCAGCAGUACCUGUGGAGCAUGGACGAGCUGUUCCCGGUGUUCCACUACGUGGUGGUCCGCGCGGGAGUGCUGCAACUCGGCUCCGAGAUCCACUUCAUCGAGGACUUCCUGGAGCCCACCCUGCAGCACGGCGAGCUGGGACUCAUGUUCACCACGCUCAAGGCGUGCUACUUUCAAAUACUGCAAGAGAAAAUGUCUUACAACACUUAAGUGAUCUGACAAGAAGCUGGAUGGAUUCUCAUUAGAGGUAGUUAAGUACCUUGAAAUUAAGGCAGCUGCCAUAAUGUUUCAGUCUUAAGAUGUGAGAAAGAUUGAAGUAUGCCUAGAUCUUAUUAAAACUUGCCAAAAUUAAGAUAAAAGUGUGCGUAAAACGUGUUUAAAAAACGGAAGAUUGUGAAUCGAAUAUCGCUAAAAUUGACCCAAUUUAAUCUUAAUGUCCUUUUAG